UUUCGAUGCUGGAAGGUGCGAUAGGGCUGUGAGAAAGUCGCCCAUGCUCAACCAUAUAUUCAGCAGUCUUAGUGGCUAAUUAGUUGUUGGUUGUGUAGUUUGUUUUGGCAUUCCAUCGUAUCGGCUCUGAAUCUCCGUUUUGUGGUGUAUUAUAAUCGAUCAGUGGACAUUGUGUGUAGUUUGAAAGGGCUCUGUCAUGGCCAGUCGCGGUGGGGCCCAGAGGCCAAAUGGAUCAACGCAAGGAAAGGUCUGUCAAUUUAAACUUGUUCUUCUUGGUGAAUCUGCUGUUGGCAAAUCGAGUUUAGUCCUCAGGUUUGUUAAAGGGCAAUUCCACGAAUAUCAGGAAAGCACAAUAGGAGCUGCAUUUCUAACACAGACUGUUUGUCUGGAAGACACGACAGUGAAAUUUGAGAUAUGGGAUACAGCUGGUCAGGAGAGAUACCACAGUUUAGCACCCAUGUAUUACAGAGGUGCACAGGCUGCAAUUGUUGUUUAUGAUAUAACAAACCAGGAUACAUUUGCAAGAGCAAAAACGUGGGUGAAAGAGCUUCAGAGACAAGCAUCACCAAAUAUUGUGAUUGCUUUGGCUGGAAACAAGUCUGACCUUGCUAACAAGAGAGUGGUGGAACAUGACGAUGCGCAAGGAUAUGCAGAAGAAAAUGGCCUUUUGUUCAUGGAAACAUCUGCUAAGACUGCAAUGAAUGUGAAUGAGAUCUUCCUAGCAAUUGCCAAGAAACUUCCAAAGAAUGAGCAAGUAACAGGUGCAGGCACUAGUGGACAAGGGCGCAGACUUGUGGAGUCAGAAGGGCAGCAGAAAGCACCUGGAAAUUGCUGCAAGUGAUCCAUUCCACCUCUCACUUACAGUUUUUCAUCUUAUUCAAGUCAAGUUUGUUCCAUUGUUAGCUGGGAGGUGGUUAUCCAACUGGCUUCUCUAAUCCAGUCUGGUCAUCUGGCAUUUCUGUGGCUGGAAACAUUCCUGGCAGUCAGAACAGAGAACCAUCACAUGUGGAAAGGACUCCUAUUAUGAAUUGAUUCCCAUAAAAAAUAAAUGAACAUUGGCAGUUAUAGGUAAUGUGGAAGUGUACAUUUGUAAGAAUAUACUCUUCUCAAGCACUGUGAAUAUAAAAUGAACAGUUGCAAUGCUGUGCAAUUUGGAAAAAUGUUAAUACCAGUGUUGUCUGCUUGUAGGGUCUGUGUAGCAGUUGGUAUUUUCUAACAAAAUUGUUUCAGCUUGUAAGCAAAUGUUAAUACAUAUGUAUCUCAUUGGCCAUUGUGUUAUCUGAUUCAUCAGAUUGAUUAUACUUACUUGAAACCUAUUUUAUUAUGCAGAAAAUUGUAGUGCAGUUUUUAUGUGAAAGUAUCUUGGAUAAAUUAUUGCAAUCAUUUUUCUUAUAUAUCAGAAAUGAGUUUCUAACAUAUUUACUAUAUAUAUAUAUAUACAUAUAUUAUAAAGAAUAGAUAUCUACAGAUGAAAUUUAUUUAGAUGUACAAAUACUGUAUUGCCCUGGUGAAUGUAAAUUUUAUUCUGCCCUUUAAAUAAUUUAAAAGUAUCAAAAUGGUGGCUACAUAUAGAUUCCAGAGCUCAGUGUUAUACUAAAUGGUUUAAUGUUUAAACAUGCUGCUUCCUGUAAGUGCAGGAAGAAUGUUGUACAGAAUUAUGUGGAUAGCUUAUAUUUAUGAAGAAUGUUCAUAGUUGAUAUUGUAUAAACAAGUUGGCAGUUGAUUCUUUUGUCUGGCCAUAGAAAAAGCAUUUUAAGUUUAUUUAGAAUCUUAUUUGUACAUAAAUUGUGAACUUGGAAAAGUUACUGGGAGGGCAAUAAAGCUCUUUGUCUAAGUUGGUUGUUCUAAAACUUUCUUUGACCUGUCAUCCAUCAAACUUUGUUUGUAGGUGAUCUAACAUUCCUUACAUCAUCUUAAUGGAGAAACAGAAUGUGCUGUGAAAAUCCAUCCACUUGUCAGACCAGUAACAAAAUGUUGGUGUGGUUGAAAACUUACAGAAUUUGUAAAGUCAUUGCAUUACUACUUUUCAGAAUAUUAGUGUUCCCCAUCUGUGCUGGAUGAAUAUUAAAAAUAUGUACUACCCCAACAUAGUGACUGGAAAACAGGUCAUAUAAUCACUCCUCUCAUAGUGAAAUCUCUGAAAUAGUUUCAAAUUAUUCCUUAGGAAAUUUCAGUACUCGUCGUACUAGUAACCUUUUUAACAGACUUUAAUGGUCACAUACUGAUUUUUAUUUUUACACUUUUAAUGUGUGGAGGUGCAAUUGAACUUGUACUGUUCUGAUUCAUGAUGGCUUUUUGUAGUCAAUUUGAUUCUAUGUAAUUAAGUACUGGAUAUAAUUUGAUAGUAACUGUAACAUUCAUUGUGAUGCUACACAUAUACAAUACAUAUAUAUUUUUAAGAUCCAAUUAUCAGUUGUGUACAUAACUGUAAAAAUGUAUGACCUGUUUUUUCUCUUAUUAAAGAUACGUAUAUUCUAAA